AUGGGGUGAGGAACAAUGGCUGGACCCGUGUGGAGGGCGGCAGCGACUGACACAGAAUGUCUGGACCGGAGCCAGAACCAGGACCAGGCCAGAUGUCUCCGCCCUCACCGACCUCACCCGCCCCGCGGCGCUCCGGGGCCGAGCGACGGCCCGCCCCGACCGCGUCAGAUGGACCGAACACACCCCGAGGGAGAGGCAGAGCUGGGUGUUGGCAGCGUGGGCAGCGGAUCAGAACCAGAACCCUCCGCGGCAGAUAUAAUGGCUACAGCGAGCACCUCGGGGCAGAGCAGCUUUGGGCUUGGAAAGAAGAAGAAGAGUCCCGGUCUGAUGGAUCAGCUAAGCAAAUUGUUUGGAGGAGAGAAGAAGAAGAGGAGCAAGGGGUCGUUCAGGGGUCACCUGGCCGCCUCGCCCCAGCAGCCCUCAGCCCGCCGUCGGACCAAUGAAAACGCCGUGGUGCAUUUCUUCAGGAGCCUUGUUUCCUCCCCUCCUCCUAAAUCCACGUGGAGAGAAGUCUUGGGUUUGGCCUCCGCGUCGCGAACCGAGAGCACGAAGUCGCCGGUCAGGAGACGCAGAGACCAAAGCACGCUGUCCAGGCUCUUCAACCUGUGACGCUCUCCGCCGAGAUUAGGAGAAACCAAGUCCCGUCCACCCCCAAAACGCUGGAGCACCAUCUUCUAAGCUCUGCGCCGACCUCCACCGCUUAGAUCCGACGGGACCAGAACAACACCAGGAAGGAGAGGCGGAUCCGCAGGAGUCAGACCCACAACCUCAACAAAUGUUAACCGACUAACGCAACGCCUCUCCAGACUGAGACACGGAUUUUUGUAAAAUCUGGAGAAAAGUAAAGUUUGACUUUGUUGCUUCUAAAUGUUUGAAUGUUUCUGAACCGUCCUGUUUCCGUCUGCGGUUCCUUCUGUCUCGGCUUCCUGCCUGAGUGACGUGUCGUUGCUGUCGCUGAUUUUUAGUUUUAAUCAGAACUUUAUCUCUCUUCAAACACCAGUUUAAAUAUCCAAUAGAUUUAUUUGUUCUGGUAAGAUUUGAUGCAGCUUCAUGUUUCAGGUACUGUAAGAUGCAAAAUGUUACACGGCCCUUUUCACUGCACUGUUACUAAUUCCUAAUCUCAUGAUGUAUGUUCCUCCUAAUGAAGGUUUUAAGAAGAAGAUGUGUGUCGUCUGAGCUGAUGGUUAAACUGUAAGUGAAUCAGAGGUUUUAGUCGAGUGAGGAGAUCAGAGCUGGAGGCAGCAUGUUGGGUUCAAGUGUUAUGCUAAAUAAUUUCUCAUUUGUUUUCAUAAGUUUGUUCUAACAGAAAAAACUGUAAAUAUCUGUUUAUCCUCCCUGAUGUUUAUGUGAAACAGAAACUCGUUCAGUCUCGUCUUUAAUAAACGGUCAGUAAAUGUUUCUUCACACCAACCAGCCUGUUUGUUGCAUAAAUGAUUUUUUCACACUGCUGGUCAAUUAUCCUUAAAUUAUGUGAAAAAAGUUAACUAGAUUAUGUCACAAAGACAUAUGGAGGAGAGGCAGAGUGCAAAACCUGCAGACAGAAACCAGGGAACCAAAGCACACCGUAAAAAUCCAAACCAAAUCAGAUGAAAAACAGAAACUCGGUGUGUGUGUGUGUGUGUGUGUGUGUGUGUGUGUGUUUUCUGGAUUAUAGAGCAUAUUAGGACCUUUCAUGGGAUUACACCAACCUUCUGAAGACCGAUGUCUACGGUGGUUAAAGUUAGGAAUAUUGACUUGAUGAGGCUCGUCUGUCAGCAGGUUAAAGCCACAUUUCUGUAUUAAAAUUAUUUUUAUUGGUCUGAUGUGAUGUUCUAAUCUUACAUGUCAUGUUUUCAUUCACUAUAAGCAGAAAAUCAUCAAUAUUAACAAGAAUAAAGGUGUAAAACAUCA